AUGGCAUUGUCACUUUCAUCAUUUAUUAUCAUCGUGAUGAUCGGGAGAGCAGCCGCCUACGAGUACUGCGUGGGCGCCAACGCCUACUGGAUGCCAAGCGCCGCCACGGCCGGUGACACAGGCUCCGUCGACGUGGUCUUAGACAGUCUGCAGCGCAUUGGGGCCAGGCUGGUGCGCACGUGGGCCUUCAACCACAACAUGCCUGCUGCUCCAGGAUCCUAUUCUGAAAGCGAGCUAAGGGGUCUCGACUAUGUUGUGCAGGGCGCCGAGCGCCGCGGCAUGCGCGUGAUCCUGGCCCUUGGAAACUUCUGGGCGGCGUACAAGGGCCCGGAGGAUUGGAUGGCCUGGGCGCGCGGCGGCCCUGGCGGCGCCAACAGCAGCUGGACGGGCGACGUCGUGGACUUCUACAGGGACCCCUCUGUGCGCCAGCUGUACAAGGACCAUGUAGCCUUCAUGCUGGGCCGCACCAACACCCUCAGCGGCCGCACCUACUCAUCGGACCCAACGGUCUAUGGCUUUGACGUCAUCAAUGAGCCCAGGUGUCCUGGCUGUGCACCCGGUGACCUGGCAGCUCACCUGGACUGGCUGAGCGACGUGACGUCAUUCACGCGGGGGCUGGUCAAGUCGGGGGCGCUGGUGCUGGCCGGCACUGAGGGUUUCUUCUCGCCAGAGGCGUCGGGCCACCUUCUGUCCGAGAACCCUGGUGCUGGGGCCGGCUGUGAGGGGGAGGAUGUCAUGCAAAUUUCACAGUUGGGGGCAGUCGGCGCCAUGACCACGCACAUGUACUGGAGGCAGAUGGAGCAGAUGGCUGUCUUGGGUUGGCGCAAGCCAACCUUUGACGAGUUCCUCCCCUAUCUUGACAGAAAGCUUCAGCUGUACAACGACUUGGCAGCUGGCAUGGGCAAGCCUUUGAUUGUGGAGGAGUACGGCACAACACAGCGCUUCUUCGACGAGGAGCAGCGCAAGGUGACCUUCGCCAUCGUCCUCAGCCGCCUGGUGCAGUCUAAGAGGGAGGGCAAGGGCUUCGUAGCCGCCCUCUUCUGGAACGCGGCGCAGCCGGGCACGGCCAGCACUGACGGUUACGACGUGCAGGUCACCAAGUCACCCUCUGGUGUCACCAUCGGCCUCGGCAACGCGCCUCCGCCACCCUCCAGCGCGGGCCCCGCCGGUGCAGUCAGCCCGCAGCCCCCGCUGUCACCCUCAGCACAGUACCGCCGGCUGCUGCUGCGCGCUGCGGACGACGGGGCGCUCUCGCUGCAGGACCUGCCAGGUUCGGCCGGCAGUAGCAGCCCCGAGGGCGUCGCCAGGCGGCUGUCGCAAGGGGUGGUGACAUCUAGUGAAGAUGAGCUGGACGCGUUCAGGCGCGGCCCUGCACGCGCCGCAUGCGCCAACGCGGCCGCCUCUGACUGGUCCUUCAUCGAGCCGCCCCAAACGGUGGACGUCGCCGCCUGGCGGGCGCGCGUGGCGCCCGUGGAUGUUGUGGAUAUCAUCGCGGAGGCGGCCGCCCUGCUGGCUAUGUAG